AUGGCCCGGCUAAGCAUGGUCGGAUCCUACUGCAAUGCCUUUGGGCGAGAUAUCGAACAUCUCACGGUUGAGGUUACCUAUGACCUCCACGUCAACAUUUUCGAUACUUUAAGAACUCAAUACGCGAUACCCGAGUCCAUCAUCGCUCGCCCUACGUUUGAGGGAAGGAAACACGCCUCGGACCUCAUUUUCAACUACGCGGGCAUCUCUAUUUGCGUUUUUGAUUACCCGGCGAGCAGAGCCGGAAGGAAUGCCUCGCUGCCAUCUACACCACUUCCGCCAAUAUUAGCAGGAGAUAGUUCUACGGCUUUUGAUGGGUUCCCUCUAGUAUUCGAGGACCAAUAUCUCCAACUCAUUUCGACGCUACCUUUGGAUGCGAAUGUAUAUGGCUUGGGUGAAAUCAUCGCCUCGUCGGCUUUAAACGGGACACUAAAGGGACAAUACAAGCGAUGUGGGCGCGUGAUCGAGCCGAAUCUGUGGAUGAGAGUCUUUAGUAAAACGUCUCUCCGUGAACGUUCUGAACUUAUCUUUACUAGUGCCGCUGGAGGAGAUAUUCUUCUGUUUACUCCCCAAGACUCACUGCUGUCCGUUCUACAAUACCAGUUAAUCGGCGGAGUUCUGGACUUUCACUUCUUUUCCGGUCCGAAUCCUCAAGACGUUGCGCGACAGUACAGCGAUCUAGUUGGUCGGCCUCCGUGGCAACCUGUCAAUAAAUCCGACAUGGUGAGAGAUCACUUCUGCAAUGUUGCAUUUUCUAACAAAUCUGACAGUACCUUCCUUACGCCUUCGGUGUUGCUCAGUCUGUCAAGUUCUUCUGUCAUGCCCCUUGAUGCUGACAGAAGCCCCAGGGGUAUCUUCAUGACGAAUCCAGACGGCUUCGAAUACGUCGGCCAAGUAUGGUCCGGAUACAUGGUUUUCCCUGAUUGGUUUCGGAACAACACCCAGCACGGAACGAGUGCUAAUCUGACAAACACUAGUGUCCCGUUCAUUCUUCCCGGCCAACCCGGAAAUCCUAUUUUAGAUUAUCCAGAAUGUUACGACCGUGCAGCUUAUGCUCCCAGUGGAAAAAUAACUGUUAACGGAACAUCGACUUGUACGGUCACCAUCAAUCAGACUCUCAACCGAUUCGGCAGACUGUCGACUGAUAGUGUUGCGACCAAUGCGACGCACGUAAACGGCAUAAAAGCUACCUACCAAGCGCUGAAGGACAGCUUACCUGGAAAGGGGCCGUUCGUCAUCAGUCGAUCGACUUUCACUUCCUCUGGCAACUUUGGCGAUAAUCACUCUCUCAUUCAGGGUAUCCAGCAGUUUCAGUUAUUUCAGACACCUUUUGUCGGUGCCGAUGCCUGUGGAUUCAAUGACGGGAACACUGAUGAAGAGCUGUGUAAUCGGUGGAUGCAGUUAGCUGCAUUUCCACCAUUUUAUCGCAAUCAAAAUAUCAAGGGUGCAAUCUCUCAGAAACCUUACCGCUGGGACAGCUACACCCUGUUCGCGAACGCAUCUCUGUAUGGUACUUCACCUGUUUGCCCGCUCUUCGGAUUUCCGGAUGAGCAAGAGCUGUUCGGUGUUGACAAGCAGUUCUUGAUUGGACGGGACAUUUCGGUGACGCCCUUAUUAGAACCCAACGUCUCUAUUGUUGAUGUCUUUCCCGGACGUAGUAGUGUCGUAUGGGGGGACUGGUACACCCACGAGCUCGUUAAUGCGACAUCGGGUGGUAACACGAGUCUUUCGGCGCCGCUAGGACAUAUCAACCUCCAUGUUCGCGAUGGAACGGCUAUUCUCCUCCACGCAAAAACAGCGUACACCAUCGAAAAGACCCAUCAAGGACCGUACUUGUUACUUGUGUCUCUGCCCUCGAACGGCAUCGCCUCAGGCUCGGCUUACAUUGGUGACGAUGUGACUGCUCUGCCAACUCCUAAUACAACGUUGGCUUUCUCUGUUUCGGAGAGUAGGUCAGUCAUUACACCUGUUGGGAACUUCAAUGUGUCGCGGAGGCUUUGUUCUGUUACGGUCUUGGGUGUGCCAGCUCGGCGCAGCGCCGUGACUCUUGGCGAUCAAGCACCGUUGUGGGUGUUUCAAAAAACUCUGCAGAAACUUUACUUGAUGGAGUUGGACGUGGACCUCGACCACCCUGUCUUUCUUUAG